CAAAAUGGUGGAACAGCAGAAGAAGCGCUUGGAGAGCGCCCUUAGCGACAUGAUUGAGGAUAUGUACCGCACCCACUUGCGCCGCAUGCAGUCCAAAAUGCAUCGGUGUGCUGCCCGUUGUUGCGACGACGACCGCGGAACGCUGGAGAGCGUACAGAACUGCAUUGAGAAGUGUGCCGGACCCUUGAUGGAUGCUCAGGACUAUCUGCAGCACGAGCUCGGUCAGUUCCAGAACCGCUUGCAGAACUGUGUGAAGGACUGCAACAGCGAUGCUCGUUCGCGAAUGCCGAGUAAUCCCAAUGACAAGGACAUGAGCCGAUCGCAGCAUCUGUUCGAGCACUGCACCGGGAACUGUGUGGACAAGUACAUCAACCUGUUGCCGGGCCUGCUAAAGUCUAUUCGUCAGACCCUGGAUCGUGGUCCGCCGAAGAGAACGAAUUUGACUGCCCGCAGCCAAGACGCUUAGCUUUUUCCGUUGGCCCCCACACUGUAUUCCACUUGCUCCAAAUUAUUGAUCAAGCAAAUCAAACUAAAACGGCAUUAAAGGAUUGUCAAUAAGUCACUUAUAUAUUGAAUAUUUGGUAUAGCUUACACUAAAGAUAUGUACAUUAAGGAAACACUCUCAGGAUAAAGUAAAGGCUCUAAGUUCCUGCAUGGGAGAGAGAGAUCUCUCCAGUGGGUGCAUACGUGGUCUCUCUCACUCUCUCUCUCUCUCUCUCCCCCUUAGGGCCCUCUCACACACUAAACAUCUAACAAUAAAGAUUCUUAGCAAUAUACAACAA